GAAACGGAUUUCAAAUCGAAAAAUAAAAAAGAAAUCACAACACAGUUGCAUCUCACACAACAGAGCAAAGAGGAUCAGAGAAAGAAAGAACCGAACCGAACCGAACGAAACGCAGAGAGAGAGAACAAAGAAGAAGAAGAAGAAGAAGAGAGAGAAAGAGGGAGAGGGGAAUGACGAUGGACAGAGAGAAAGAGAGAGAAAUCGAGCUAGAAAGUGCAAUGUACACAAACUGUUUGUUAUUAGGUUUGGAUCCAUCGAUUAUCGGAGUUGGAUCAUCGAAUUCAACUCCUCGUGUUGGAGCAUUCCGUCAUUCAAACCCUAAAUUAGGAGAACAGCUUCUCUAUUUCAUUCUCUCUUCUCUUAGAGGACCAAUUCAAUCUUCAAAAGAUUUUGAUAAGGUUUGGCCGAUUUUUGAUUCUGCACAAUCGCGUGAUUUUCGUAAGGUUGUGCAAGGGAUUAUUAGUGAGCUUGAGUCUCAGGGAGCACUUCCUAGGAGCAAUUCCAGAGUUUCUUCGCUUGCUACUUGUUGUGGACCUAGGUUUGUUGAGCUUUUGUGGCAACUUUCUUUGCAUGCUUUACGAGAGGUUCAUCGACGGACAUUUACUUCUGACAUAGCAUCUAACCCACUGCCCAUGCCAUUGACUGAUGUAGCAUUCUCACAUGCAGCUACUCUACUUCCAGUUACAAAGGCAAGAAUAGCCCUUGAAAGAAGGACAUUUUUAAAAAAUGCAGAAAUGGCUGUGCAACGGCAGGCUAUGUGGUCUAAUUUGGCUCAUGAAAUGACUGCUGAAUUUCGUGGCUUAUGUGCUGAAGAGGCUUAUUUGCAACAAGAGCUGGAAAAACUGCACGACAUGAGGAAUAAAGUCAAAUUGGAAGGAGAACUCUGGGAUGAUCUCGUAUCCAGUUCGAGUCAGAAUUCCCAUUUAGUUUCAAAGGCUACUCGUCUAUGGGAGUCUUUAUUAGCUCGUAAAAGUCAACAUGAAGUUCUUGCAUCGGGCCCUAUUGAAGACUUGAUAGCUCAUCGGGAACAUAGGUACCGAAUCUCUGGAUCAUCUCUGCUUGCAGCAAUGGACCAGAGUUCCCAGGCUCCUUAUUCAGAUGUUUUAUCUGGUCAGUCUGGGGAUUUUCCUUCAGUGCAACUGGACAACAAUGAGGAGAUUGAUGGAUCUCAGUUUAGCAAUGAGACAUCGGCAAGAGUUGAUGACAGAAAUGGAAGAGUCCACCAAACUGUUGACGUAGCAGAAGUUAUACGAAGAUGGACACACGCUUUGCAACGUAUCCACAAACAGUCACUCCAUCUGGCAAAAGCAAAUGAUGGAGAGGGUCCAGAUAUAUUGCGCAGUGCACAGGAAGGAGGUUCAAGUGGCCAUGCCGAGUCUUUAGCAGCAACCCUUGCAGAGCAUCAACAACACUUGGCUAGCUUCCAGGUGCUUAUUAACCAACUCAAAGACGUAGCCCCAACAAUACAGAAAUCCAUAUCAGAGUGUACAGAAAAGGUUAACUGCUUGGCCUCUAAUCUAACUCCAAAUCCAUUAAGCAGACAUCAUAGCCAGUCAGUAUCAACUAUCCAAGCACAGAGUAGUGGGAGGAUGGAAAGUAGCACUGAUGAUGUUGGUGAGUUGGCUUCAAGAAUGUCUAAUGUUCAGCUUGACAAGGUUUCUGUUACUCCCUCCACUUUAAAACUUCCUCAGUUAUUUAGCAUGACCCCAUCUUCUGGAAAAGCUGGAAAUGUGCAAAGGCGGCAUGGUAAUGCUUAUCAAAACAGCCAAACAGAGAACCUUUCUGAUAGGGAAUCUUUGGAUGCUCCUUCAAAUAACGAAGUAGCAAGUUCAGAAGGUAUCGACAGUUCCUUUAUCCAAAAUUUGAAGAGGUCCGUAAGAGAAGCAGCACUGUCAUUGCAGCCAUGCAAUUCGGAGUCAUCUCGGGAUAGCCAUUCUGAUGGAAGUUCUGAGCACUUCUUUGUCCCUCUUUCAGAGACUGGAUUUUCUCAUUUGGAUCCAGAUAUAAAUGGGUUUCUCUCGUUUACUGGUUCAAAUGAUACAUUUGAUGCACAGCGAUCAACUUUCGACUUUGAGGAUGCACAAGAAGUCUUCUCACCACCUCUGCUGAUGGACUCAUACAAUUUGAGUGAUCCAUUUGAAGACUUGCUGGCCCCUCUCUCAGAGACUGAAUCGGCAUUGAUAGACCAUUGAAACUUUUCUGGGCAACCUCUGAACGACUUAAUUGAUGAAAUGGCAUGAUUAAUGCAUUGGAAUGCUAUUCUUUUGCUGGGAUUUUAACUCCCUCACGUUUUAUGACACGACAAUCAUAUGAUUUAGGUCAUGUAUCUUGGCAUAUAUAGAAAUGAAAACUCACUAUAUUUUCUUGUAUUGUGCAGUGACAUACAUUGUUCCUUUUCUGAAUAUGGUUUGGUUGAUUUCCAGUACUUUGUGCACAUGAACUGAUUAGUGGAAAUAUGAUUCUUUGAUUUUAUGACUCCA